UUGUGUCAUCGAUAUUUUUCCAUCUCUAGCGGACUUGUGGAAAUUUCCGCAAAAUAAAAAUAAAAAUAGAAAUUGCUCUGCCAACUAGCAAGCGAUGCACAAAGGGGCGCCACCUUGGCAAGUGGGCGGUGCCAACGAGGCCGAGACUCCCGCAGAGGGAGCAGAAGAAGAAGAGGCUGCGUCCACGAAACAACUACAACCACUGAUAAGAAGUGAAAGGUGGUGGUCUUGCAGUCGCAGGAUAAUCUUCCUGGAACUCCUGAUCCUGCUCCUCACCGCGAUUCCCCUGCCCUCGAGCAAUGCCACCCACAUCAGCGGGCAGUUCCAGACGGAGGACUUCUUCCAGUUCCUGGUGAAAUUCGGGUUCAACAAGGCGGAUCCCACGAGACGAAAUGCCUUUGGAUAUAUCUACGGCAACAUCACGUCGCCGGAUAAGUAUGGGGUUCCCCUCACCCUCGUCGUCCUGGACAGGAGCACCUUCCUCGAGUUCUACGGGAAUCGCAGUCAGCGGAGCAGGGAGGCCGCCUGCACGGGCAUGUUCUCCCGCCUCCAGAGAAUCGCCUACGACUCCACGUGCAAUCCCCGUGCCAAAAGAGACUUCCUGCGACACGUCCCCUGUCCUGUCAAUCAGCUAUGCAGCGAUGAGGAUGCACCCGGUAACGUCGUCCCGGGAUCGCAGUUCACAUAUGUUAUCAAUCUGGAGGCGGAACCAAGAUUCUGGUACCUCUCCCUGGUGGCCUGCUAUCAGAACCAGAGCACCUGCCAGUGGCACGCCCACGAGAGCCUGCCCAGAUUGAGUAAACUCAGCAGCAACCUUCUGAACACCCUGCACUACGACAUCCACCUGGUCAACUUACACCCAAACAAUUCGGCCGCUCAUCCACUGACCUACCAGUACUCGUACGAUCAGCAGAACCUUCUGGAGAUGUACCUCGUGUUCAUGCUCGUCUAUAUUGUGCUGCUGCCCAUGCAAAUUUACGCAGUGCGGCGGCAGAAGCAUCCAGUGACCAAGUUGUUCACCCUUAGUCUGUUGAGCGAGUUCGUUAGUUUGGCACUGAUCACCGCCCAUCUGAUUCACUAUGCGGCCAAUGGAGUGGGAGAGCCGAGAUUGCAAGCGGCGGGAGAUGUUUUGGACAUUCUGAGCCGCACCACCUUCAUGCUGAUCCUGUUGCUAUUGGCCAAAGGUUGGGCUGUAACUAGGCAACAAAUAAGCAGAACUGGUUGGAUCAUCCUAAUGUCCAUCUGGGUGCCAUACUGCGCGUUUCACGUGUUCCUUUACAUCUGGGAUAGGACGGAAGUCGAUGUGGUUUCCGACAUCGACGAAUACCAGACCUGGCCCGGCUGGAUAGUCCUAAUACUACGCACCUCCUUCAUGAUGUGGUUCCUUUACGAGCUGCGCAACACAAUGAAGUACGAGCACUCCACGAAGAAACUUGACUUCCUGCUGCAUCUGGGCGCCUCCAGUUUGGUGUGGUUCAUCUACCUGCCCAUCGUUGCCAUUGUGGCGCUGCAGGUCAGCCCCAUGUGGCGCUACAAGCUGCUGCAGGGCAUCACUAACUCGGCCGAUUGCAUGGCCUAUUGUGUGAUGACGGGACUGUUGUGGCCACAUCGAGCGGGCCAAUAUCUGCUCCUGGCGGGCACCAAGUAUGCGGGCAUGGACGAGUUGGACGAGUUCAACGAAGCGCCCCACAUUGUCAGAGAGCGUGAGAGGCGUCGCAAUUCCCCGCCCGAUGAUAUUUCCAUUGGAACGGGGAGCGGCGGAGGUCGGGGGAUGGUGCUGUCCACAAGCAUUCCACAUUCGCUGAACGGCGAUGCCUGCAAUGAUCUUCUGGAGGCGGAAGAUCUCGACGCCGAGCUGCUCACCGAUCUUAACAAAAACAGCCAUAUUGUGGCGUAGACGCAACGGGUUAAUUACUAGCUGUAGAAGUCAAUUGUGCUAAAUGAAACACGGAAUGUUAAUCAUCCUAAUUAAUCAUACAUAUAACUAGAUUAAAGUGGGUUGAUUUUUUCGACAAGGUAUUUUAAAAGUAGAAACUAACGUUUGCUAGUUAAAAUCUUAGGACUUUGGUUGUGAAAAAGGAAGUUUUAUUAUAUAUUGAAUAAUAGAAGUAUAUUCCUGUUAAUUCUCUGGUAACCAACAAAACAUAAGUUAAAUCUGAACUAAAGUAAAUGUAAACAUGACCAUCUAAUGAAUGAUAUUAAAUAAUUGGCCAUAUAUUUCUGUAUCGAAAUACGUUUCCUAAAAGUGAGAGCAAACCAGAUACUACUUUUCGCCCCUUCCGUUUUCGAAUGUCUAAAAGUCGGCCCACCAUAACCUAGUUAUAAACUUAUCUGCGUGUAUAUUCCAUAUAGUGUGUACCACUUACAACGAAGUCAGAGCGAGUGCAAAAUAUGCAUCAGAGAUUGUUGUGUGAUUUUAUGUAAUAUGCUUGAAUUUAUUAUUAGUUUCUAGUUAACGCAUAGGAGAACGAUUCGAUACAAUACGCUUCAGCAUCAACAUUUCGUUGCGGUAGUUAUCGCAUAAGCUUACAUUUUAACGAACUACCGACUACCUACUAAGAUAAGCAUAGAUUCCCAAACAACCAAGCGGUAUUUUGAUAAGAACAAACCAAACACACGAGCCAACGUCUAUAGAAAACCACUUGAAAUGCUAAAAGAAAGAUAGCGAAAUAAAUGAAUCAUUUUUAGAUAAGUACUUCAA